GGGAGAGCUCGCCCGUUCUUCGCGAUGGCGCCGCUGAUGGCCUCGAAGACGGUGCGCCGCCGAGACGGGGCCUUGCUUUCGCCGGACGUCAGCCCGGUCUCAUCCGUUUGAGAGACCCCUCUUCGGCCCCCGGCCAAGGAAACUCCCAUCCUCUUUUUUCCCUCUUUUUCCUUCCGGGAGGAAGCAGCAGCAGCAGCAGGUCGGGCUCCCGGGCCGGAUCGGAGGAUGGGCAGGACUGCUGAGCUGUGAGCUCUGGGGAGGGACAGGUGGGGGACAGCGGGCACACAGAGGGACGUCGCCGCAGACGUGGGCUUGUCCUCUCCCCUCUCGGCAACGCUUCUGCGCCCGUUUUCUCGUCUUCUAUCUGGAGAGCGUCGGAGACGUGAACAAGCAGACAUUUAGGAACCCCGGUUUAAAAUAUAUAUUAUAUAGAAAGGGUUUGGACAAAGCGGAUCCAGGAACUGGUUUAUUUUGAUCAAUCUUAUCGGAAUUAAUUUUGGCUGGCUGUUACAGCUCUUUCUUUUUUUUUGUCCGAUUUUGUUUUUUCUUUAAACUACAUUGUCCCAUCCCCGGCCGGGAAUCGUACAUUUCUCCUUGUCCACAAGGGAAUUCGCUGGGAAUUCGGAGAGAAGCGGGUGAUAAAAAAAGAAGACACGGACUUGAUUUUGAAAGACAGGAGCCCUCAUCACAGGAGACAAACCGCCCCCCGCACGUGGGCCUAUGCGCAGAAACAUCUGGACCAGUUAGAUGUCUGUGCUUUGCUUCCUGUAAGGCUCUGCCCUCAUUUUUGGGGGGCUGUCAUUACUGGCCCGCCCCCCCCCUCGUGGAUGGGCUGUGUGGUCGCCGUGCCGGUUGCCUUGGUGCGGGUCGGGCGGGCGUGAUGGGCAGCGCUCCGGGCUCGGGGGGGUCGCGGGGGCUGGGCUGCGUGCCCUGGCGGCUGGGGAAGUUGAAGGGGGGGGAGGCGGAGAGCGGCGGUGGCGGCGGCGGCCCCCCCGGCCCCCAGGCGCCCCCCAUCUACCACGAGAAGCAGCGGCGCGAGCUGUGCGCCCUGCACGCACUCAACAACGUCUUCCAGGACGGCUCCGCCUUCAGCCGGGAGGCCCUGCAGGACAUCUUCCAGAGGCUCUCUCCCAGCACCCUGGUCACGCCCCACAAGAAGAGCAUGCUGGGUAACGGCAACUACGACGUCAACGUGAUCAUGGCGGCCUUGCAGACGCGGGGGUUCGAGGCGGUGUGGUGGGACAAGAGGAGGGACGUGGCCACCAUCGCCCUGCCCAACGUGACCGGCUUCAUCCUGAACGUGCCCUCCAACGUGCGCUGGGGACCCCUCCGGCUGCCCCUCAAGCGCCAGCACUGGAUCUGCGUGAGGGAGGUGGGGGGCGUCUACUACAACUUGGACUCCAAGCUGCGCGGCCCCCACCUCAUAGGGCCCCCCGACGAGCUCAGGAAGUUCCUGUGGCACCAGUUGCGCGGGAAGAACUGCGAGCUCCUGUUGGUCGUGCCCGAAGAGGUCGAGGUCCACCAGACGUGGAGGACGGAGGCGUGCUGAUUGGACGGGGGCGGCUAGCCAAUCGGACGACCCGCAGGGGUGGCGGGGGAGGGCGCUUUCCGCGGUGCCCGCCCUCCCUCCCGCCCUGGCAAGACGACUCUGGCCCGCUGGGCCGGGCACGUGGCCCGGGCGGCCGCCACGGUGUAGUCCCAGACUUGCCCCUCUUCUCUCGGGUCGGCGUGUUCUCUCCUGGCAGCGUGGAGACUGCAGGACGCGGCCGGCGGUGUACAGCACUAUCAAUGCAUCUCUGUCGUGUUUUGUUUUGUUUCCCAGUGUGCGUCAUGUACGUCUCUGUUGGGUUCGGCCUCUUCCUUUUCCCGUUUUCCGUUGGUGUCAUCUUUUCGUUGGGUCUCCUGCGACUCCCGACUCGGAAGCUGCCGUUGUCCUCCUCCUCCCCCUCUGUGCUCCUGCCCACCGUGGCCGGAACGGGGAGUUUGUUAAUGGGGAUAGACGGAUUCGCCUCUCUUGAGUAUCCCCUUCCGAGAGGGGACCACCGUGAUGUCUCUCUUUCCGUGUUGCCCGGUGGUGUCCGUAGGGACCUCGAAGGGGGGGGGGAGUCUUCUUCCGCGUGACGGAAGCUCGGAGGGGGACGCCCCCUGGGAGCGAUCCAGGACGGAGGGCUGCUGCUGCCCCAGUCGGGUUCAUGUUCGUACGUCGGUGUUCUCCAGCCCCAAGGUGACGAAGGAAGGUGAAAAACAAGUUGUUUUUGUGAGAGAUCUGUAGCAUCGUACUGCUGCCCCCCCCAUCCUCAACGCUGAGCGUUAGAAGCCCAGUGAGCCUGAGUUUCUCCAGCUGUUUGCCAAGACAAUCUCCCCCCCCCCCCGACCCCUCUCUCUCUCUCUCGAAACUGUUACCUGCCCUCUCUCUCAGGGGAGGAGGAAUGGCUCUGUAAAGUGGGUUCUGUUUUCUAAGAUGGGGGUUUUUGAGUUGUUUUGUAUUUCCGCAUUCAAAUAAAUCUCCUGUUACUGUA